GCUAAUUACGCUCUAUUUCGCAAACCCACUGAGUAGAUGGCGCUAGUGAGCAAACGUGAAACAGGAGUAAAAACGAUGCGAGCGCCGUGAGCGAGAGAUUUGCGAACACCAUAAUAUUUGAAUAGUCCGUUGAAAAGGGAAACGAUGGGAAGUGGGUAGAGUGAGACGUCUGUUUGUCUGUGAUUUAGCGUUUAUUUAUUUACAUUUUUCAGUCAACCAAACAUCAGCGGAGUGUACAGAGCGUGUUUUCGUUUAAUUUGUGUUAUAAUUUAUCGAGCUGGUGUGAUGGCUGGUGAGGAUCUGGACAUUAGAUUGUUCAUCGGAAAGGUGAAGGCGUACCCAGUCAUCUGGAAUACACUGGAUGAAGGCUACGCCGACCGAACAAAAAAACGCGCGGCAUGGAAGAACAUCUGCCGGACAUUUGUGGAGAACUUCGACGAAAAAUCGGAAAGGGAGCAGGACGAUGCGUACGAGAAACUAUCAAAGAAAUGGAAAAACCUAAAAGACAAUUUUGCAAAAAGUCAAAAGAAGCAAACCAAAUCCGGCCGGGCAGCCAAUUCAUCGAGGAAGUAUAUCUAUGCGAAACAAUUAUCAUUUCUGACACAAGCUGGAGCAGUGGCCGAGACGGAUUCGAGUUUCCUUGAAGAUGAAAGCAACAAUCAGAACACCCAGGAUGAUUUUAAUGACGCGUCUGAAUGUGAAGCAUCUGACGAUGCAAAGGUUAAAAUACCACCGCGCUACAUCUCAAAAUCAAUGAACCAUGCAAAAGACGCAAAGUUCGAAUCAGCUUUAAUCGAUUUCAUUAAGGCACAGGCACCAGUUGCUCCAGAGCCGAACCCAGACCGGGCCUUCUUUGAAAGUUUGCUUCCGAUUGUGGAGAAGUUUUCAGAAGACGAAAAACUGGACUUCCGAUCCCAAGUACUGGAACUUGUCAAAAGUAUCAGGAAAUCGCGAGCAGUUAGCCCAACAACUCCUCAUUAUUAUGCUGGCACUCAUCGAUACCGUGUUACCGAGCCUGCCCAGCGCAACCGCGGAAAGCGUGGCUCGUCGUCACGGACUAGAUUUCCCUCUAAAGUUUACAAGAAGGAAUUCGAUACUGAAUUGAUCAUUGGUGAACAGCAACCGGACGCACUUGAUCCUGAGGAAAGCGAAUAUCUCGACGAGGAAUACCUGCCCGAAUAGAAAUUGUAGUGUACAAAACAUCAGCAUACAUUUAUAAAACCUCAACAUUGAA